ACGCCUCUCUCUCCAAAGCUUUUUUUUCAGCUACAGAAAAUGGCGCAGAGAGUCGGAGGAUUGAAAAGAUUGAAACUUUCUUCUUCAACUCCAGAUUUUCCUAUUGUUUUCCGUUGUGAUGGAGUUCGUGUUCAUCGACGUUGCUCUUUCUCCAGAAAUUGUUCUUCUAAUCGAAAGCAAAGACUCCGAAUUGUGGCUCAGAAUAAAUGGAAAUUGAACGAUAUCGACCCAAAUGCAGUACAAGAACGAUUUAGUAGGUGGGUGUCUAAAUCACAGAAAAUUCUGAGUGAUGUGACCUCUCCGCUGAAGAAAAAGAGUCAGAGUCUCAAAAAGGUUGAUCUUGAUGAUCAACAAGAUUUUGAAGACUUGGAGGAACUUCUUACAGUUGAACAAACAGUUCGAAGUGAUACACCAAAAGGAUCUCUUUCUUUUGAUGCUAUUAUCUCCAUCGAGCAGUUUAGCAGCAGGAUGAAUGGAAUCACUGGGAAGAAAAUGCAGGAUAUAUUUGAAACACUUGUUUCUCCAGCUUUAUCAACCGAUGCUCGAUAUCUGGUGGAGUAUUGCUGUUUCAGGUUUUUAUCGAGGGAUAGCUCGGAGUUUCAUCCGUGUCUUAAGGAACCUGCAUUCCAGAGGCUAAUAUUCAUCACAAUGCUCGCGUGGGCGAAUCCAUAUUGUAAAGAAAGAAAUGCACGCAAUGAUGCCUCAGUUAAACCUUCUUUUCAGGGACGGUUUGUAGGUGAAAAAGCAUUUGUUCGUAUUGCUCCAGCAAUUUCAGGCUUGGCUGAUAGGGCUACUGUACAUAACCUUUUCAAGGCUCUAGCUGCUGCCACUGAUCAAAAAGGCAUUUCUUUGGAGAUUUGGCUUGCUUACAUCCAGGAACUUGUCAAAAUACACGAAGGAAGGAAGUCACACCAGACUACAGACUUUCCAAAGUUGUCAUCGGAGAGACUUUUAUGCAUGGCCUCUAACAGGAAAGGACCUGUUUUAAAGUGGGAGAAUAACGUUGCAUGGCCUGGAAAACUUACUCUAACUGAUAAAGCUCUCUAUUUUGAGCCAGUUGACUUAAAGGGAAGUAAAGGGGUCUUGAGACUUGAUCUCGCAGGGGACAAGUCAACUGUGGAGAAAGCGAAAGUGGGACCUCUAGGGUUUUCUCUCUUUGAUUCUGCAGUUUCGGUUUCGUCCGGCCCUGGGUUGGCCACUUGGGUUUUGGAGUUCGUUGACCUAGGAGGUGAACUUAGACGAGAUGUUUGGCAUGCAAUUAUUAGUGAAGUUAUAGCGUUGCACACAUUUCUACGAGAAUUUGGGCCAAAAGAGGAUGAUAAGUCAAUGUACCAAGUGUUUGGUGCAAAGAAGGGUAAGGAAAAGGCAAUUGCAAGUGCAUCUAACUGUAUUGCAAGACUUCAAGCUCUUCAAUAUAUGCGGAAUUUGCCAGAUGAUCCUAUCAAACUAGUUCAGUUCUCUUUUCUUCAACAAGUAGCCUAUGGUGACAUCGUGUGUCAAACUUUAGCUGUAAAUUUUUGGGGUGGACCACUAUUGACCAAAGAUGCAGACACGGUCUUCAAACGAGGUGAUAUUGCCAGGGCUUCCAGAGAGUCCUAUGAAACUUUUGAUAACGUGUCUGAUCUAGAUGGAAGUGUCUACUUGAAAAGGUGGAUGAGAUCUCCUUCCUGGGGUUCAACUGCAUCCAUUAACUUCUGGAAAAACUCUUCUCUAAGACAAGGCUUAGUUCUGAGCAAACACCUUGCAGUUGCUGAUCUCACACUUGUAGAGAGAGCAGCAGAAACAUGUAGACAGAAAUAUAAGGUGGUAGAAAAAACUCAAGCCACUAUUGAUGCUGCAACCAUCAAAGGGAUACCUAGUAACAUUGAUCUCUUUAAGGAACUCAUUCUACCACUGAGUAUAACUGCCACAAAGUUUGAGAAACUCAGGUGCUGGGAGGAGCCUUACAUGACGGUCUCUUUUCUAGCAUUUGCAUCAACGAUAAUUUUCAGGAAUCUUUUGCAGUACGUUUUUCCUGUGUCUUUGAUAUUUUUGGCAACUGGGAUGCUUACGUUGAAGGGACUCAGACGACAAGGCCGUCUAGGAAGAUUGUUUGGAAUAGUUACCAUUCGAGAUCAGCCAUCUUCAAAUACUAUUCAAAAGAUUAUUGCUGUAAAAGACGCCAUGCAAAAUCUGGAGAGCUAUCUCCAAAAGGUGAAUGUAGUGCUUCUAAAACUACGGACAAUUGUAUUAUCUGGUCAUCCUCAGAUAACUACUGAAGUAGCACUGGUUUUGCUAUCUAUUGCAACGGUUCUAGUCAUUGUCCCUUUCAAGUAUGUUCUGGCUUUUGUUCUCUACGAUCAAUUUACUCGGGAGCUCGAGUUCCGGAAAGAAAUGGUCAAGAAAUUUAAUGCUUUCUUACGGGAACGUUGGGAGAUGGUACCAGCAGCUCCUGUCAUUGUUUUACCGUUUAAGCUAAUUAAAAUGAACACAAACAGACAGAAGAUGAAAGUUCAUAUUGGAAGAUAUGUGUUGAUACUUGCCGUGACGGCUUCUGUUAUAUUACAGCAGCCUGAGUUGGUCACCGGACAAGCUAGAAUUCCGGCUAUGUUUGUAUUUGGAGACUCAUUGGUCGAUCCUGGGAACAACAACUUUAUACAAACUCUAGCUCGAGCAAAUUUCCUCCCUUAUGGCAUCGAUUUGAACUUCCGUCCUACUGGCAGAUUUAGCAACGGCCUGACUUUCAUUGAUCUGCUAGCUCGGUUGUUACAAAUUCCAUCGCCUCCUGCCUUUGCCGAUCCAACCACAUCAGGCAAUAGAAUCCUCCAAGGAGUUAAUUACGCGUCUGCAGCUGCUGGCAUCCUCGAUGAAUCAGGCUUCAACUAUGGUGGAAGAUUUAGCCUGAGCCAGCAAAUGGUGAAUCUAGAGACGACACUAAGCCAACUGAGAACGAUGAUGAGCCCCCAAAAUCUUACGGAUUACUUGGCAAAAUCGCUUGUGGUUCUCGUUUUUGGAAGCAAUGAUUAUAUCAACAACUACCUUAUACCUAAUUCCUACUCCAGCAUCAGAUACAGACCGCCUGACUUUGCCAAUCUACUUCUCAGUCAAUACGCUCGCCAACUUCUUACUCUGUACGGCCUAGGUCUAAGAAAAAUAUUUAUACCUGGAGUAGCACCACUAGGCUGCAUACCAAACCAACGAGCCAGAGGUAUUUCGCCACCUGAUAGAUGUGUUGACAGUGUGAAUCAGAUUCUAGGCACAUUUAACCAAGGGUUAAGGUCACUUGUUGACCAGCUGAACCAGCGAUUACCUGGAGCCAUAUAUGUAUACGGCAACACAUAUAGCGCAAUUGGUGAUAUCUUAAACAACCCAGCUGCUUACGGAUUCACUGUAGUGGACAGGGCUUGUUGCGGGAUUGGGAGGAACCAAGGACAAAUCACAUGUCUGCCACUGCAGACUCCUUGUCCUAACAGGAGUCAGUAUGUCUUUUGGGAUGCAUUCCAUCCUACUCAGACUGCUAACUCCAUUCUGGCUAGACGAGCUUUCUAUGGUCCACCUUCCGACGCAUAUCCUGUCAAUGUCCAACAGAUGACACUCCUUCACUAGUUUCUUUUUGUUUUCGUGUUUCUCGGUCUUGAAGUUGUAUGUUAUAAUGGUUGAAUCUAUCAAUCUAUGAGUAUCAAGCUGAAACCAAAAUGCUUUUACUGCAAAAUAACAUAUGUGCUAAUGA